AUGGCGAACUUUAUUAUUCGAGUAAUCGAGUUAGACCUGGAUCAAUUACCAGAAAUAGAUGGGAUUCUUGAUAAUUUACGUCAAGGACGUCUACGACUUAAUAUUUGGGUCAAUUUGGCUCUUGAAUAUUACAAACAACAUAAAAUCGAACAUUUCAUUAAAAUACUUGAAUCUUCUUGGAUUGAUGCUGCUAUUGAUUAUUGUAACUAUGAACAAGAUCAAAUGCGUGCGUUGGAUAUGUUGGCUGCAUAUUAUGUGCAGGAAGCCAACAGAGAAAAGGAUAAAGCCAGAAAGAAAGAUCUAUUUGCAAAAGCCACUCUAUUAUAUACAACUGCAGAUAAGAUUAUUAUGUAUGACGAGAAUCAUUUACUUGGCAGAGCUUAUCUCUGCCUCCUGGAAGAGGAUAGGAUGGCUCAGGCUGAUGCCCAAUUUAAUUUUGUACUAAGUCGGUCUCCAAAUAAUAUUCCUUCCCUACUGGGAAAAGCAUGCAUAGCGUUUAACAAAAGAGAUUACAGAGAUGCGCUUGCUUUUUAUAAAAAGGCAUUGAGAACAAAUCCAAAUUGUCCAGCUGCUGUGAGGUUGGGGAUGGCGCAUUGUUUUAUGAAAUUAAAUAACCAGGAAAAAGCGUAUUUAGCAUUUGAAAGAGCUUUACAGUUAGAUGACCGAUGUGUUGGAGCAUUAGUUGGACUUUCAGUACUGAAACUGAAUCAAGGACAGUCUGAUAGUAUCAAAGCUGGUGUUCAAAUGUUAUCAAGAGCUUAUAUCAUUGACUCAACUAAUUCCAUGGUGUUGAAUCAUUUGGCAAAUCAUUUUUUCUAUAAAAAGAACUAUAUUAAAGUACAGAACUUAGCCCUCUAUGCAUUUCAGAAUACUGCGAACGAGGUUAUGCGUGCAGAAAGUUGCUAUCAAUUAGCCAGAGUAUUUCAUGUUCAAGCUGACUAUGACCAAGCGUUUCGAUAUUACUAUCAGGCAAUACAAUUUGCGCCUCCAGUUUUUGUAUUACCAUACUUCGGUUUAGGUCAAAUGCAUGUUUAUCGUGGUGAUGCAGAAAAUGCAGCGAAAUGUUUCGAAAAGGUGUUGGAAGUGCAGCCAAAUAAUUAUGAAACAAUGAAAAUUCUUGGAUCUCUUUACGCAAAUUCAAGUUCUCAAUCCAAACGCAACAUUGCUAAAAACCACCUUCAGAAAGUAACUCAACAAUUUCCGGAUGAUAUUGAAGCAUGGAUUGAAUUGGCUCAAAUAUUGGAGCAAAGUGACCAUAAUGCCGCCUUAAAUGCAUAUGGUAUGGUAACUCGGAUUUUAAAAGAAAAUGUCCAGGCAGAUAUACCACCAGAAAUUCUAAAUAAUGUUGGUGCUCUACAUUAUAGACUUGGAAACUUUGAAGAAGCUAGGAAAAAUUUUGAGGAAUCUUUAACGCGUUCCAAAGCUGAUGUCUUACACGAUCCUGUAUACUAUAACUCAAUUACAGUUACGACGACAUAUAAUUUGGCUCGUUUGAACGAAGCUUUAUGUAUAUUUGAUAAAGCAGAAAACUUAUACAAAUCCAUUUUAUGGAAACAUCCAAACUAUAUAGAUUGUUAUUUACGACUUGGCUGUAUGGCUCGAGAUAAAGGACAAAUUUAUGAAGCGAUUGAUUGGUUUAAGGAUGCUUUAAGCAUAAAUAACGAGCACCCAGGUGCAUGGUCUCUUUUGGGUAACUUACAUUUCGAUAAAAUGCAAUGGGGCCCUAGCCAGAAGAAAUUCGAAAGAAUUUUAACAAAUCCAGAAACAAGUACCGAUGCCUAUUCUUUGAUUGCUUUGGGUAACAUUUGGUUGCAAAUGUUGUAUCAAAGUAGAAAAGAUAAAGAUCAAAAGAAGCGAUAUCAAGACAGAGCAUUGGCUAUAUAUAAAAAGGUUUUGCAAAACGAUCCUAAAAAUAUUUGGGCUGCAAAUGGAAUAGGAGCUGUACUAGCGCAUAAAGGUUGUGUAAAUGAAGCUAAAGAUAUUUUUUCUCAAGUUCGAGAAGCAACAGCAGAAUUUUGCGAUGUAUGGUUGAAUAUUGCGCACAUUUAUGUAGAGCAAAAACAAUUCUUUAACGCUAUCCAACUGUAUAUAAACUGCCUUCGGAAGUUCUAUAAAUACCAUCAUGUCAAAGUUUUGCAAUAUCUUGGAAGAGCUUACUUUAAAGCUGGUAAAUUAAAAGAAGCAAAAUUGACAUUUUUAAAGGGAAGAAGAGUAGCUCCACAGGACACUGUUUUGUUAUACAAUGUUGCACUUGUCCUUCAAUGUCUAGCGACACAAAUUUUGAAGGAUGAGAAGUCCACAUUAACAACAGUGCUCCAGGCAGUUUACGAAUUGCGAAUCUCACAUAAAUACUUCCAAUAUCUAUCAACGCAUGAAGGUAAAAUUUGGCAACUUGCGAAAGCAAAAGCAAAGUGCUGUCAAGAUCUUUUAUCGCAAGCGCAAUAUCAUGUUGCCAGAGCUAGACAAUGGGACGAGGAAGAAAAAAUGUUUAGGAGAAAACAAGAAGAAGAAAGACAAGCAUUUAAAAUGCGACAAAUGGAAGAACUACGGAGACUUGAAGAAAUGCAACGACAAAAAGAACAGGAAAUGUUACAGAAACGUUUAGAGUACGUUGAAAAGACAAAGAACGCUUUGGUAUUCGAUGCAAUGUCUUCGGAAAAACCUGGAAGGAAAGGAAAACAAGCACGCAUUGAUCAAUACGUUAGUGACAGUGGUAGUUCUGGAAGAGAGGAAAGUCGGGAGGAAGCUCGUAGACAAAGGAAACGCAAAAGAAAAGCAAGUGAACGUAAAGAAAACAGGGUCAAGGGUAAAGUAAUGCGCAAGAAAAAGAUGGGGAGUAGAGAAAGUGGUUCAGAAAGUGAUCGACUCAAGCCGAAACGUGGAAGAAAAGGGAUUAUUAAGAAAGACAGAGCAUUUUGGAGAAGUACAGCUGAGACUGCAAAGAGAAAGAUGCCUUUAUCGAAGGAAAUUAUAUCAACGAGCGAAUCUGAUAGCGAUUUAGGAGGUUUUAAAAUUGCCAACCGAGGUAAAAGCCGUAACGGAGGUCACGUACGCAGAAACAGACGAAUUAUGUAUCACUUAGAAGAAUCCCGUACAUCGAAAUCUAGGUCUCGUUCCAGAUCGAAAUUUAGAAGCCGUUCUAGAAGUAGUUCACGAUUGGGAUCACGAUCACGAUCACGAUCAGGAAUUCAAUCUCGAUCCGUAUUUCGUCCACGGUCUAGAUCUCGUUCAGGUUCCAAGCUGAGAAGUCAAUCGUGUUCGAAAAGUCCGUCGAGAUCCAGAUUCGUUGCAGAGAAAAGUGGUCCACGCCCGACAUCAAGAUCAGGGUCGUGGAAGAGGCAAUCGCGAUCAAGAUCGCGUAGUGGUUUGAGGGAAAGUGAAUCGCAGCCAAGAUCAAGAUUGGGUUCUGCAGCUAGUGCACGAUCAAGAUCGGGUUUUGCAGCUGGAGUACGAUCGAGAUCAAGGUCUACUGGUGGUUCCAGAAAAGUAGCUUCGCGAUCAAGGUCAAGAUCAUAAUCAGGAUCAAGGAGUGGUUCACAGUCGGGGAGACGUAUAUCAAGAAGCAGAAGCCGAUCAAAAUGUAAAUCUGUGUCAAGAUCUAGAUCGCGUUCCGGCUCACGGUCAAAGAGUGGCUCUUGAAGUCGCAGCGCUACUGGAUCAGCAAGCUCUGCUACUCUAGAGUCGAGAAAAUCAGUUUUGAGCAGUGAUGUUGGUUCCCGCCAAUCGAGUACAGAUCGAGGAGGUGGCAACGAAAGCGAAUAAACGCGGAAAAUCCAACCUUGGAUUACUUUUUGUAAGAGCCAAAUUUAUAAAAAUGAAAUAUAUAUAACUUUCGCGAUAUAUUUGUUAACACACGUUUGAAAGGACCGUUCGAAUUGAAACAGGAUUGUUACGCUAAGAUGGCAAUUGGCAAUCGUUCGAGCUUACGAGUAGCUUCGAUUUAUCGAUCUCUAGAAUUAAACGAUCUCUAGAUGGAGCGACUUCAGUGUUUCGGACGUAAUAUUUCGGACAAUUGAAUAUUUGUUUUAUGUUCGAGGGUUAU